UCCUAAGGAUACAGGAUCAGUCUCAGACCCUGAGCCUGGCAAUCCUAGUUCACACCCAUAUUUCCCAUGCUGUGGAGUUGAUCUUGAAAAAGAAAGACACAAAGAGAGAAAAGGAAGAAGACUUUGCUGACACGUGGCUCUGCAUUUUGCUCUAUCGUUCACACGUUAUUUUAAAAAAGGCCUUUCCCUCUGUUUACAUGCUCAGAGGCAUUAUUUUAUUAUUAUUUUACACAUCGCAGAUGGGACUGAAAACAGGUUUUGAAGAGGACCAUGCCUUCUUGAGCCUUGAGGGGAUAAAAAGGACUCCGGGGUGCAUGCCCUGCCCACUUCUCCCUCUCUCUGGCUCUUCUUCUGGUGGGGUUUUCAGGCUCUCUAACGAUUCCCCCUGAGUGAGGCGGAAAGGCGAGCGUCACGGCGGCGGCAUCGGCACCGGCACCGCCGUCUGAGCAGAGGCAGAGUGCUAGAUUAGCUCAGCCUGGUGUGAGAAGAACCGCAUUUCAAUGAGGGACGGGCUAAUGCAAAUCGGGACGGGCUAAUGCAAAUCACUCCCGUAAGUGGGUGGAGGAGAAGAAAGGCGAACCCAGUUGCGGGAGCGACUCGCCAGCCAGCCAGCCAGCCGAGGAAGGGUAACGGGAGGAGAGUCUCAACUCUCAACAAAGCCAGCCGAGCCCUUCUCUUAGGCAGUCACAGUUGCCAAGCCAAGCCGGGUGGGGUAGUAGGGUAGGACGGGGCUGGUGGCGGCAGCGGAGCUGAGCUGAGCUGAGCUGAGCUUUGUCUGUUGAGAGCCGGCAGCGACGAUAUCCACCCCCUUUGCAUCAAGCCAGCCAAAGAGCCUGCAGUUGUGGGGAAGAAGGGAGACGCUUUGCAUUUUCCAAGGCACAGAUUAACUUUCAAGAUGUCCUUUGGGAGAGAUAUGGAGCUGGAACACUUUGAUGAGCGUGAUAAAGCACAGCGGUACAGCCGAGGGUCACGGGUGAAUGGCCUGCCUAGCCCCACCCACAGUGCCCAUUGCAGCUUCUACCGAACCCGCACACUGCAGACCCUCAGCUCUGAGAAGAAAGCCAAGAAAGUCCGCUUCUAUCGCAAUGGGGACCGGUAUUUCAAAGGGAUUGUAUAUGCCAUCUCUCCCGACCGGUUUAGAUCUUUUGAGGCCCUGCUGGCUGAUCUGACCCGGACUCUCUCUGAUAAUGUCAAUCUGCCCCAGGGUGUAAGAACUAUCUACACUAUUGAUGGAGUAAAGAAGAUCACCACCUUAGACCAACUGGUGGAAGGAGAGAGCUAUGUGUGUGGUUCAAUAGAGCCCUUCAAGAAGCUGGAGUACACAAAGAAUGUAAAUCCUAAUUGGUCAGUAAAUGUGAAAACCACCGCCACUUCCCGCACAGUGGCCUCCCUUGCCACAGCCAAAGGAAGCCCUUCAGAUCCAAAGGAGAACAAGGAUUUCAUUAGGCCUAAACUGGUCACAAUCAUCAGGAGUGGUGUGAAGCCACGUAAAGCAGUCCGGAUUCUGCUUAACAAGAAGACAGCACAUUCAUUUGAGCAGGUUCUCACUGAUAUUACCGAUGCCAUCAAGCUUGAUUCCGGAGUAGUUAAACGCCUGUACACACUGGAUGGAAAACAGCUUCUACCUGUGGAUAUUGAUCUUUAUGACCUGUUGCUUUCAUCUUUAAGCUGGUUAAUUACACUUUGUGCAAACUGAGAAGGGAGAGUGCAACUAGAAUAAUUGCUUGUCUGCAUCACUACUGAAAGGUCUCAAAAUCAUCCAUCAGCCUAAUUUGAAUGGAGGAGAGAGUAACUCUGCAAAUGAGUUUUGUAUGUGAUAUUGCAGAUAAGCCAUCUCUUAGCCUUUAGCAGCAACAGUGACUUGACGUGUUUUCUCUUGAUCAAUUAAUACAUCCCUUUUUGAAUGUUUUUAAACCUUCUGUUGCAUUUGUAUGGGAGUAAAACACCCAGAUUAAGUUUAAGCAGAGUUUACUGGCAAGGACUAAUAUUUUAAAAGUGUUCCUGCAAGGGCCAUCACAUGUUUUGAUGUGACAAAUUGGACACUACACAAUAAACAUAAGCCACUGAGAAGACCUUUUUAAAGGCCUGGGAUGUCCCUGACUGUCCAGCCAAACUUCUACCUGUUGGUGUGAAUUAUAAGGACAUAGCUCCUCAUCUACCAUUAUGCCCCUGUGGGAAUAUCUAAUGAUGCAGGAGGGAAGUGAUCUAAGAUCAUCCAAUCCAGCCCCAAUGUGUCAUUGCAGAAUUAAGACUACCUCUUGGAGGAACCCACUCCUGUGCGUAUCACUUGAUCUGAGCAUGUCUCCUGACUCUUCCGGCCUUGACACUGCACCCAGUGCCUCAUUGUCAGGGCUGGCCCAUAGGCAAGAGUCUAGUGUCAGCUAGAAGCCAGAAGCCAUGGGACCAGCCUGUAGUCAAGACCAAAGGACAAAUUAGGAGGCAGGAUUGAGGACCAAACCAAAAGUCAGAACCAAAGAAUAACCAAGGACAUAGGAAUGCACCAGGACAACCUUGUUGCUCAUGCAAGUCUUGGCUGGAAGACUUUUAUACUCCUCCCUGCCCAGGAAGAUUCAACAGCCAGCUUCAAUGGACAGAGUCAGUCUAUGGCCUGAAAGAAAUUUACUGCCAAUUGAAAUUGAGGGGUUGACUACACUGGGCAACUGCACAUGGACGAGCAGUUCCUGACACUUGUACACCCGAGCAACAGGAGAGCGGGUAAUUUUGUUUUUGCUCAAUUUGAGAAUGGUUUAAUGAGUAAUUCCUCCACAGCAAAGAAUGAUUGGAAAGGGCAGCAACGCCAGAAGACUUAGUCAUGCAGAUACCCAGGAGGCAAUCUCCUCUGAGUUCUCUGGACUGGCAGAGAGCCCUGAAUUAUUGGAAUCCUUUUCUCCUUGUGCUGUACUAGCAGUUCUUUCAUGACACACAAUUUGGGCAUAACUGAUGUAGCAUUUGAAUUUGAAGAAUGCAGUAAGCAAAAGUGGCAUAAGUAAGAAGGUGUAUCCAUGAGUAUGGAAGUUCAUGGUCUUGAGGAAUACUGAUUAUGCUUUCUAAAGAAUUUAUUCACUGGACAUCCCUUUUCUUUUUUUGGUUUUGUUUUGAAGGUCACCUUAAUAUAAAAGUUCCAAUAAAAUAAAAUGCCUCCACAUUUCAUUCCAAAGAAAUA